CACCUUCCACUCUGUCCUCAGCCAUCACCCACUCCCCCCCACCCCCCUCUGGUCCACACAUUCUUUAUAAUUACAAAAUACCUGCUUAAUAAAACAGCAGAGGCAGAGGACAGCUAUUGCUGCAUGAUAACACGGAGAAUGAAUCCUUUUAUCUGGAAAUGCUCUUACCAGUUAGAAGAGUGGUUCUCAACUAGGGGCAAUUUUGGCCCCCAGGGGACUUUGGCAAUGUCUAGAGAUAUUUUUGGUUGUCAACACUGGGGCAGGAAUGCUACUGGCAUUUACUGGUAGAGUGCUGCUUAAACAUCUGUUUUGAGAGGUUUGGUGGAUUCGAUCGGAGAUGUAAAAGAAACUUUCCAACCCAGACGAAUGGACUGAAUGUAGACUUUAUUAUAUAGGGAAGGGUAAAGGCAAAGGCAGCAAACAGAUCCGAAUAGGUCAAAUAUCAAUUGGGAAAAACAUCAGGUUGAUCAAAAAGGGAAACGUCAGAUCGACCAAGAUAGAAGCAGAUCCGAAUAGGUCAAAUAACAAGAGGGGAAAAACAUCAGAUCAAUGGAAAAGAGAAACAUCAGAUUGACGGAAAAGAGAAACAUCAGAUCGGGUACUCACAACAUCCACGCCCUUACACCGGGGAGAGUCCCUUCAGUUGACAUGGCUAGGCGGGAGUUCCGAUCGACAGUGGUCCUGGGCAAGGCGUCCCCCCCACAGGUGAGACUCUCAUCAAGCCCCAGUCCUCAGCAGCUUAUGUAGUAGGGGCAAGUUUCAGAGUAAGCUUUUGCAGAGUAAGCAUUUGGUGUUCUCAUGCACAAAUAGUUAUCAGUGUUGUACGUGCAUUGAGCCCCGUGGCUAUCGUCCCAGCCUGGCACAGAUGGCCAGUCCGCUCCGGGCUAUGACGCCCAAAGAGUCUUGUAAUCUUAUAAAUUGCAACUAUCUCCGUGGGAGAAGGACCAGUCCCCGAGAGAAGGGCCAGUUCCCACCACACAGAAAGCUGCUUUAUAUUUCUUUGUGUGCUGGUGACUGUAAGUCCAUGGAAUGGCCAAACAUGGCUGUACUCAUGUUAAGACAACAUCCUACAAUGCACAGGACAGCCCCUCAUAACAAAGAGUCACCUAGCCCUAAAUGUCAAUAGCGCCGAGGUUAGGAAACCCUGAUGUAGAGUAUUUUGGCACAUAUUGUUCCACUUGUGUUAUUUCCUUGGGAGGCCAUAUAAUAUAGUUGCAAGAAGUUCAGACUUUGGGGUCAGACUCCCUGGGUUAGAACUUGGCCUCCCACUUACUGGCGAUGUGCCUCUCUCUCUGUCUCCUCGUUUGUAAAAUGGAAUGAGGGUUGUUGUCAGUGUAAAGUGAUAACAUGCUGCUGCUGUUGCUGGCCCAGCAUCCAGUGAUGAAGGUCCUGGGAAGCCGUGGCCUGAACCCAGGUCUCCUGACUUCAAGACCCACUCGCAGUCUCCUCUUCCAGCCAUCCCUUCCUCCCCUAGAGUUUUCAGGGAAGAGGAACUUUGACAGUUGAGCUUGUCCUGGAGGGACACAAUCCUUCUCACUUGUCACUGGCCGUGAGAGCUUUGCUCCUUAUAUCACGUGGAGUCCCUCCUGCGUGUUCACAUAAAGUCAAGAGGAUCAGGAGCGCAAGUCUGUGUCUGAAAACAUGGGGGUGAAGCUCUGUGGAUAAUGGUGACGGGAAGAAUAGAAUGUGAAGCUUGCACACAGCAUAUUCUCACCCAGGUUGUGCUGUUACCUCUGGUCACUGGCACUGAUUUUCCUUUCUUCUUUCUACUUUUCUACAUUUGCUAGAUUUUGUAUUAUGAGCAUGUGUUACCUUUAUAAUUGCUAAAUGGAAAAGGUGCUCUUUAAAAAGAAGUAAAGUGAAGAGUGAAAGUUGGAGAGGUGGCAAACGUUACAAAACAAAAUUCAACUGAGUAAACUUUAAAGAUCUUAUUGGCUUUAUUCAACAAUUCAUGAACCAGGCAGCAUCCCAGCUGGCAGAAAGAAAGGACCCCCAAAGAGCUGUACAAGGCAAGAGAUUUUAUAGGCAGAAGGGAGCAGGAAGAAGGAAGUCAUACUAGGCAAAAAAAACGGAUUGGUUAUUGCAAGGUUACUCUACCUGUAGGGGACAGCAGGGCUCUAUCAGGCAGAUGACCUAACUAAUGCUGAUAAGGCAAUUCCUAAUUGGCUGGUUUAAGAUUCUAUUUCUAGGGGACCUGACAUUGUUAUUAAGUCCAAGUUUGAUGGUGUGGGGGUUAGUUAGCAUGAGUUACUCCAUUUUGGGCCUGCUUUUUGUUUGUUUGUUUGUGUUUUUUUCUUGUGAGGAAGAUCAGCCCUGAGCUAACAUCCUAUGCCAAUCCUCUUUUUGCUGAGGAAGACUGGCCCUGGGCUAACAUCCAUGCCCAUCUUCCUCUAGUUUAUAUGAGACGACGCCACAGCGUGGCUUGACAAGCAGUGCAUCAGUGCGCGCCUGGGACCGAACCCGAGAACCCCGAAGCGGAGCGCACAUACUUAACCACUAUGCCACCGGGUCCGCCCCCUGUUGUUUUUAACAAGAAAUACAUGUGUUUGGGGAAGAAAAAGUGACCUCAGUUUAAUCCUUACGGUGGCCACAGGAGGCACUAAUUUAUCCCUCCCACUUUUCAAAUGAAGAAACUGCAGCCCCAGGUGGUUCUGGGGGAUUUGGAAGUUGCCUUAGGUUGGAGGGAGAGCCUAGGUCCGUAGAACUCUGCAUAUCUGUGACAGGGGAGGCGCGAGCACAUGUUGAGGCUGCUUUGUGCUCAGAGUUGGGAUAUUUAAACCAGAGCGUGUGCACAGCGGUUUAAACCUUGGAUGCCUGAGCGGUGAGGGGGAUUGGGGCCCUGCCCCAUGGGACAGCUCAGAGCCUCCUGUCCAAAUGCCACAUCUCCGUGCUGGUGUCCCCUCGCCUCUUCAAUUUCUCCUCUCCUGGGACAGAAGCAGAUGGUGGCUGAGCGAGAGAAGGUAGGGGCGGAGUUUCAGGCGCUGCGGGCCUUCUUGGUGGAGCAGGAGGGCCGUCUCCUGGGCCGCCUGGAGGAGCUGUCCAGGGAGGUGACACAGAAGCAGAAUGAGAACCUGGCCCAGCUGGGCGGCGAGAUCGCCCAGCUCUCUAAGCUCAGCAGCCAGAUCCAGGAGGCCGCGCGCAGGCCUGACCUCGACUUUCUCCAGGAAUUCAAAAACACACUAAGCAGGUGCAGCAAUGUGCCUGGCCCCAAGCCAACCACAGUCUCUUCUGAGAUGAAGAAUAAAGUCUGGAAUGUUUCCCUCAAGACCUUUGUCUUAAAGGGGCUGCUCAAGAAGUUCAAAGAGGAUCUUCGGGGAGAGCUGGAGAAAGAGGAGAGAGUGGAGCUGACCUUGGACCCGGACACGGCCAACCCCCGCCUCAUCCUCUCUCUGGAUCUUAAGAGCGUGCGGCUGGGACAGCGGGCCCAAGACCUGCCCAGCCACCCGCGCCGCUUCGAUACCAACACGCGAGUCCUGGCGUCCUGUGGCUUCUCCUCGGGGCGGCACCACUGGGAGGUGGAGGUGGGCGCCAAGGACGGCUGGGCCUUCGGCGUGGCCCGUGAGAGCGUGCGCCGCAAGGGCCUCACCCCCUUCACCCCGGAGGAGGGCGUCUGGGCGCUGCAGCUCAACGGCGGGCAGUACUGGGCGGUGACCAGCCCCGACCGGACGCCCCUUAGCUGUGGGCACCUGUCCCGCGUGCGGGUGGCUCUGGACCUGGAGGUGGGGGCCGUGUCCUUCUACGCUGCGGAGGACAUGCGCCACCUCUACACCUUCCGCGUCAACUUCCAUGAGCGCGUGUUCCCCCUUUUCUCUGUCUGCUCCACCGGCACCUACUUGCGAAUCUGGCCUUGAGGGCCAUCGGCCCGCCUCCCAGACGGGAUGUCAGUCAAGGGUGCGAGCCUUGCCUUCAGAGACCUGAAUCCAACUGGCCCGAUGAAGUCAUCUACUCAGGGAGGAGCACUGUACUUCCAGCUCAGAGGACAGCCUGGGCCAGAACUGGAAGGAGACCCUUGACCUGUACAUGAGGGAAAGUCCAGGACAACAGCAUGUAGGCACUGCUGCCCUCCAGCACUCCUUAACCCGAUGAUACAAAGUGACACGUGUCCUCAGCCACAGUGACAGCCAACACCUGUUUUCACAGAUGCCUAACCCCCUUUCAAGUGCCAAAGUACAGUCUCCCUUGGGUAAGGAGACCAGAAAUUCUGGAAUUUUGAAACACAAGACAGCACUUAUAAUUUUACAGAUGCAACUAACACCAGAAUGGAAAUGCACAGAGCACAAACAUGCCCCUGACAAAUCCUUUCUGGAACUUGCCAAAUGUAUGCCAACAGCAGAGGGCCCUGGUGCCAAGGCCUGCUCAGCCUGUGCCGUGGACGGUGUGAUCCCCUUGGCUAAUUGUUCCCCAGCUUCAGUGUGGCUGGGAUUCUGGGAGGGGUGGUGGGCUGUCCCUUGCUUAGUGUUCCCCGGGGAUGGCGGGUGGGGAGAUGGAAAUA